AUGAGCAAAAUCGACUCAAAUCUACGCGUAAAACGAGCUUACUCUUUAGCUGCUCAGCUUAAAAAUGUUGGACCAACAAGUAACGCAAAAACUAAAUUUAUUCUUGAAUCAACACCCUUCGAUGACGGCGAUGAAUCACCACCAUCAGGAGAUUGGACUGUUACUGGCCGACUACUGCCGAAUUCUGAAAUUUACAAAGACGGCUCUAUUCGAAUUCAACUGAUAAUAGGACCAGAAUAUCCAUUUAAGGCACCAAAAGUAUUAAUAAGAAGCACAAUAUUUCACCCUAAUGUUGAUCGAAAUGGCGAAAUAUGUCUUGACCUCUUGAGUAAUGUUACUUCAUGGACACCAACAACAAGUUUUAUUUCAAUUAUUGAAGAAGUAACCAAAAUUAUCGAUGAACCUAGCGCAGAUCAUAUUAAAUAUCCUGAGGCGGCUAGUUUAUUUAGCACUAAUAAAAAGGAAUAUGAACGUAUUGCAACAGAAACAUUUAAAAAGAAUUGUUUACCACGAAGUUGA